CAUAUUAAAGUGGGGUUUGACCAGACUGUUGUAAGCUUGUUUGUCUUCUAAUAAGACUUUAACAUUAAAAUUCACUCAAAAUUAAAUGACACUAACUAAAAAAAUCAAACAAAUUUAAAGAAGUUGGUGAAGCCCAUGGGUCCACCAGUGUGCUUGCUCUUCAGUUGAGACCUGAGUUAUAUUGAAAAAAAAAAUUUGUUUGUUGGCAUUUUCUCAGAAGGAAAAGAAAAAGUAAAAGAAAGUUGGUUUUGGUAUGUACCAGUGCUAGUAAAGGCGGACCAUAAAUUUUAAUUUUUGUGCUUGGAGGAUCAGAUUCCGAGUAUUGAAUCUCUUGAAUUGGGCUCUCGAUCUGAGCCUCUUAAAAGAGAAGGAAAAGAAAAUGAGAAAAAGGGGUUAGAUUAUAGUAGAUUUUGAUUCUGUCUAUGAAUCUCUGGUUUUAAAUGAUGGAGCAAUCCAUUUCUCGACACUCGUCUAAUACUCCCAGAGGGUUUAGAGUUCAUGCUCCGUUGGUUGAUUCUGUAUCUUGCUAUUGUAAAGUGGAUUCAGGAUUAAAAACAGUUGCUGAAGCACGAAAAUUUGUCCCAGGAUCAAAGCUUUGUAUCCAGCCUGAUAUCAAUCCCAAUGCACACAAGAGUAAAAACUUGCGCAAGGAGAGGACUCGAGUCCAGCCACCUCUCCUCCCUGGCCUUCCUGAUGAUCUUGCCAUUGCAUGUCUGAUUCGAGUUCCUCGUGCUGAACACCAAAAACUCCGUCUAGUUUGUAAGAGGUGGUCUCGCUUUCUGGCUGGGAACUUCUUUUAUACUCUUAGGAAAAGUCUUGGAACGGCAGAAGAGUGGGUUUAUGUCUUCAAGCGAGAUCGUGAUGGAAAGAUCUCAUGGAAUGCAUUUGACCCUACCCAUCAGCUGUGGCAACCACUUCCUCCAGUUCCAAGGGAGUAUUCUGAGGCCCUUGGUUUUGGUUGUGCUGUUUUAAGUGGUUGCCACCUGUACUUGUUUGGAGGAAAGGAUCCACUGAGGGGGUCAAUGAGACGUGUUAUUUUUUAUAGUGCCCGAACAAACAAGUGGCACAGAGCACCUGAUAUGCUUCGGAAACGCCAAUUCUUUGGUUCCUGUGUAAUAAACAAUUGCCUUUAUGUGGCUGGCGGGGAAUGUGAGGGAACUCAAAGGACUUUACGAUCUGCUGAAGUUUAUGAUCCAAACAGGAACCGCUGGAGUUUUAUUCAAGAUAUGAGCACUGCUAUGGUACCUUUCAUUGGGGUAGUUUAUGAUGGAAAGUGGUUUCUAAAAGGGCUGGGGUCCCAUCAUGAGGUUAUGAGUGAAGCAUAUGAUCCUGAAACUAAUUCCUGGACUCCAGUCAGUGAUGGGAUGGUUUCUGGUUGGUGGAACCCUAGUAUCUCUUUAAAUGGACGGCUCUAUGCCCAGGAUUGUCGUGAUGGGUGCAAGCUUAGGGUGUAUGAUGGAGCCACAGAUUCAUGGAACAAAUUUAUUGAUAGUAAGCUCCAUUUAGGGAGUUCUCGAGCUUUGGAGGCUGCUGCUUUUGUUCCUCUCAAUGGCAAGCUUUGUAUUAUUCGCAAUAAUAUGAGCAUAAGUCUGGUUGAUGUUUCCAGUCCGGACAAACAGGUUGAGAGCAACCCUCAUCUUUGGGAAAAUAUUGCUAGCAAAGGUCAUUUAAGGACUCUUUUUACAAAUAUAUGGUCAAGUAUAGCUGGCCGAAGUGGUUUGAGAAGUCAUAUUGUUCACUGUCAGGUGCUUCAAGCAUGAGAGCUAGAAUUAAAAUUUACUUAUCUAUGUGUAAAAAUUUGUGCAUUUUUUAAGAAUUGUCAUGCCAUGGUAGUCAGAUUUCCAAUGUUUAUUUGUUCACCAACAUUUUGGGGCGCAGCACCUCCUGAAUAGAAAAGCUGAAUAUACUCUGUUACCUUUUCUGAUGUUUAUUCUCGCUAUGGAGAUUGAUAUCAACGGUGACCCACAAGGGGAGGGGAUUGAUGUCCACAUUAAGAAUGUUCCUCUUGUGUUUGACUUGGAGAAGUGAGAUGAAGCAGAUAACCAAGGGUUUUUCGAGUUACUGAAUAACAGCUUGGAUGAUAUCCCAUGGUGCAUUUGCGGGUGAGGUGGUUCACUGUUGAUCUCGGCAAUAUAAUUAUGAGGUUAUUUCUUUACAUUUAUGAAUAGAGCAGGUACUUGUAAAUCUUGUCAUUUGGGCAUAGGAUGGUCUUAUUGUGAGAUCUUAUCCUUUGCAGUAUGUAAUCUUUGAGAUGCUUUGAGAUAUACAUGGUUUAUCUGAGAUGAGUUAAUGUAUAGUUGGACCUUCCAUCUUGGUGGCUGUGAAUUAUAUCUUGUCAACCAUGAUAAUUUGUAGAUGGUUGUGAUAAAUAGCAUGGAGAUAGCCGCCAUGUACGUAAGGUGAUUGCGGAAGUUGCUGAUGAAAGCAUCUGUCAUUUUGUUUAUAUGAUCCUUCUGUUGACCCUCGAUAGGUUUUCUUGGCAUUAUUCCUUCUGAUCUCUCUGACUUAGUCUCUUUGCCAUCUAUGUCGUGGAUAAUACGAAUAGGAAUCUCUGUAUCAUGCUCUAUUCGUGGCAUCAGGUUUCAGAUUGAAAGAAUGGAGAUGAUUUUUCUUGAAUUUCUUAGUCCUGACAUAAAGAAGAACCCAACCGUGAUGUAUUUAUAUGUAAAAAAAUAACCCUCGUUUAGAAGCAUGGUUUGAGCAUGCUAAAAGCCAACGAAAAGUAACCUUGGCGU